AGUUUAAUAUCUCUCGUCCUGAUAUUGUUGUCGUAGAGUAUGCAAUGAUACCCCACAUUCUUAAACUGGACCUCACUGGGAUCGAUCCUGAGGCACAUUUGUACAAACUCGCAACGGCUAUAAAGAAGUCUACCUCCAUUAUAUGUUCAAGGUGUUCUUUAAGUCUUUAUCGGUCAAUUGAGGUCAAAAGAAAGAGUACAAUGUGGCAACUAUGCUGUGUGACAACAAAGAAGGCAAACCCAGAUACUGUGGAAGAUUCUUCAAGCUUUAAUCCAGACUUGCACUUUAAAACAAUCUGCUAUUUCGCUUGCGAACACCUAUCCUGUCUUAAAUGUGUAUCGAAGAUGGGGAUGCCCCACGAGGAUUUACUAAAGUGUCCAACUUGUAAGAAACAUGCCAGCCGCCAGAAAGCUUGCCAGCUUGUAUAUGCGCCUCUGCCCAACCUUGUUCUUGUCAAAAGCAAUAUUCCAACCUCUAUCCCAGAGUCCCAACAAUCUAAGAUUACAACAUGGCGUAAGGCCCCUACAUUCUUCUAUGCCUCUUAUACAUACGCAUAUUGGACCCAUUCUGAGGUCGCCAGACAAGCAACUUAUGACACAUCCAACCCACUCCAUGUCAUGUUCGUCUAA